GAUCCAUCAAAAUUAUUUCUGCUACAGUCCGUAUACUGUAUUGUGUGCGUGAGGACAUGCAUCGAUUUAUCCAACUUCUCGGAUGAUGCUCUGUGGCCACCGAAAAGAAUAGCGUCUUUGCAUCAUGGCGGAUUGGCUAUUCGGAGUUCAACAACACAAUAUCGUGGAUUCGCUUUACCUGCUCCAAAAGGUUCUUGAGUGUGGAGUGAGAUGGAUGCACGUGGCCAAAUUAUCCCCGUGGCAACUGCGCCCCAACAACAGCAGCAACAGCAAUCGUAUCCGUUAAACGUGAUUCACUCUAGCAGACGGGAUGUGAGAGUCAACGGACAGCGACAGCCCAUCCUGCUGCCAACGGUAUUACCAAUGCAGACUCAUGCAGUUCCAAUGGGGAUCACAAACCGCGUGCAAAUUCAGUACGCUCAAACGGCACCGCAGUACUUGAACAAACAGAAGCGCGAAGAGCCACCAUCCGUCCGAUCGCUACCGUAUCGGUUGGAUGGGUGGCGCAACAGCAAUCGACAGCAGCAUCAUGCAUUUCGCGAUUCUGGAAUCGUGAAGAUCAACGAUAACGGUAUGUGUAAGAUCGACAUGACGCGGCUAAUCAAUCGAAGACUGUUGAACCAAGGAGGCGGCGCGGGACCGCUGCCUCCACCACCACCUGUGGUAAAGCUACGACCAGCCGCCAAUCUUCGUGCACGGCGGACGGUACCUAACAAUGGCGACCAGCAGUUACUGGCGACGGCGGGCAUUUCGGAUCCGGCGCUCCAGAAAGUAUUCGUGGACCUGUUCGCAGCGGCAGCCGCCGCCACACGACACCAUGAACAACAGACGGCGGUCAAGUUUUCCAUCUUCCGCAGCGUGGAACUGAUGGCGCAAAGCUCUUGCCGUCGGAUGAAUUGAUUGACUUUCGGGAAACGCAUCACGCAGGGUCGUGAUGCAUCACGACGAAGCAUCGCAAAAUGGUGAAAUUUUGUGAAAGAUAAAUAGUAAGGAUAAGCGUUUGCUACCUGCAGCAAAGAACUACGCAACUUAGACGUACGUUUCACUUCAACGAAACGAACCGAAAACAGAAAUGUUUUUAGAAAUUUGAAUUUUUGGUGUGAAAAAUAUUACAAUCGAGAAUGAGGGUUUUAAUAUCGAUAUAGAACAGGAAUCCAACUCAGUAAUACAGUUGUUUCCUUUACGAAUGCACCGAGGUGCAAUAUGAAUAGUGAAGCGAUAUAAUUUAAAUGCGUUUGAAACCUCGUAACCGAUUGAAUCGCUUACGAAAAGAAAAUUUUACAAGUUACUGGAAUCCAGGCAUGUGGGACGAUCCCCUGUUUCAAAAAGAAGAUACAAUAGUCUCUCGAUACUACAAGCGGAAUCGUCGCCGUAAAAGACUUUUUAAUAAGACGAUUGCGACCAAAACCACUGCGUCCUUAAUAAAAGAGUUAGGAAUCGAUGAUGAUAGAUGCUAAUCGUUUGAACUAGGUGACCAUCGAAGCGCCAAGGAUUUCCUAUAUAUUUUCCGAUUAAUAUGAUGUUUUUGAUCAUAAAUGCGAGGAAGAAUAAUUAGCACAGAUUAAGCGACAGAACGAUAGUAUAGUUAGUAACAUUUAAAAAAAUAGUUCAAAAAGGAUGCUUAACAGAAUCGUUACAAAUGGUUAAAUUAAUUUCAGGAGAAAGUUAAAUAGUUAAAUUCAAAUUUAUCUUGAAAUAAGCCCGAGUUGGGAUUUUUGGAAACGUUCGUUUAAAGCGAUAGAAUCGUAUGCAAACGUCUAAAGAAUACGGAAGUACAGGUAAGGGAAAUUCCGAUUAACAAAGGGUAACAUUUGGGAAAUACACUACUGA